AUGACCAGCAAAGAGCUUCCUGAGGUGUUUUCCUCAGGCGAUGAGGGAGACGCGACUGCCGCAUCGGCGGCGGCGCGGGAGACCAUCGGGACCGAUCAGCCUUCGCGGUUUGAUCUUCCAGAGGAAAGGGGCUUGCCGGGCUGCAACAAGUAUAUUGCAUUUGCCUCCCUAUUCUUCAUUCUGGUUUCCAUCACUACCUUUUGCCUCGAGACUCAUGAGAGAUUUAAUCCCAUCGUUAACAAGACAGAGACGGAAAUUGUUGGGAAUGGCACCCAGGUGCGCUUCUAUCUGGAAGCAGAGACUGAAGCUUUUCUGACCUACAUUGAAGGAGUCUGCGUCGUCUGGUUUACUUUUGAAUUCCUGAUGAGGGUUAUUUUCUGUCCGAACAAGAUGGAAUUUAUCAAAAAUACCUUGAACAUCAUUGACUUUGUGGCCAUUCUGCCUUUCUAUCUGGAGGUUGGACUCAGUGGCCUGUCUUCCAAAGCUGCUAAGGAUGUCUUGGGCUUCCUGCGAGUCGUCCGGUUUGUUCGAAUCCUGCGAAUUUUCAAGCUGACCCGCCACUUUGUAGGGCUGCGGGUUUUGGGACAUACCCUUCGCGCCAGCACAAAUGAAUUCUUGCUGCUCAUCAUCUUCUUGGCACUGGGCGUCUUAAUCUUUGCCACGAUGAUUUACUACGCGGAGAGAAUAGGUGCUAAACCCAAUGAUCCUAGUGCCAGCAAACACACACACUUUAAAAACAUCCCCAUUGGCUUCUGGUGGGCUGUUGUCACCAUGACUACCCUGGGCUAUGGAGACAUGUAUCCUCAGACUUGGUCAGGCAUGCUGGUGGGAGCCCUGUGCGCUCUUGCAGGCGUGCUGACCAUUGCUAUGCCUGUGCCCGUCAUUGUGAACAAUUUUGGAAUGUAUUACUCCUUAGCGAUGGCUAAGCAGAAGCUACCAAAGAAAAAAAAGAAACAUAUCCCACGGCCGCCCCAGUUGGGAUCCCCCAAUUAUUGUAAAUCUGUCAUAAACUCGCCACACCACAGUACUCAGAGCGACACAUGCCCACUUGCCCAAGAAGAAAUGUUAGAAAUUAACAGAGCAGAUUCGAAACUGAAUGGGGAGGUGGCCAAAGCGGCGCUGGCAAACGAAGACUGUCCCCACAUAGACCAAGCUAUGUCACCUGAUGAGGGAUUGCUCUUUACCCGUCCGGGCACUCGGGAGAGAUAUGGACCUUGCUUCCUCUUAUCAACCGGGGAAUAUCCCUGCCCGCCUGAUGGAGGAAUAAGAAAGGCACUCAAGUUAAAACUCCAGCACAAGCGGCAGCCUAAAUGAAUGGAAUGGCCACCACCCAUGAGGAGGGAAUCUUUGCAAAGAAAGGCCUGUCAUUGCUAAAUAUAUGCCAAC